CUGGUCCACAGUUGCACGAAGCCAUCAGUCACAACAAGCCUUGCAGUUUGGUACAAGAUAACGUACGGGAAGGCCGAUAUGGAACUAAGACUGGCUUCAAUUUUACUUAUUUGGAUGAUGCUCGUUGGAACGCGUGCGUCGUGCGUCCCGACAUGUAAAGACUCGACGGUUAACAUCACUGAAGGCAGCCGCGUUCCCAACCCGGCCAACUGCUUCGAGUUCUACGUCUGCAGCGACCCUUUGGGCGGAAACAAUUUGACUCUAUCUCCGGAACCUAUCAAGUGUCCGAACGGAACAUACUUCGAUGUGAGCUCGUCUAAGUGCAAGACGAUUCCUUCAGAUGGCAGCGCGUAUUGCGAAAACUUGUGCGAUCCUUGCGAUCUGAAGUGCGAGGCGCCUGGUACUUUAAUUCCCGACCCGUAUGCGUGUGAUUCCUACUACAUUUGUUUGGCGAACAAUGAAUCCAUAAUUUCUAACUGUGGUGAUGAUCAAAGCUUCGACUACAUCCAGGGAAGCUGUGUGGCCACCUCUGAUGCUGUGUGUUACAAGUCCUGCGAUCCAUGCAAAGUAUACUGCGUUCAUGAGGGCAAAGUGCCCAACCCUUUUGACUGCGAAGGAUACAUUUAUUGUGAACCUCCAUACGGUCAAACAGAGUUCAAGUGUCCUCCUGAUCACCAAUAUGAAAUCGGUUCUCAGAAGUGCGUUCCAUACGGUGACCCAAAUCAAACUUGUGAUAAUACUUGCACCGACGAUCUUACCACUACUUCUGUUACAAGUACCACAACUGAGACCUCACCUACCACUACGGCUGAUCAGCAGUAGCAGUGUCUGCAGCCAGGCUUGAUAUUGAUUGAGAAGUCGAGAGGUUGUUUGAAGUAUGUUCUUGAUUUUAGUAUUGGAUCAUAUAACAAACUUAUGUAUUGAACGCACAUUUUUUAUAGUUACCUAAGCUUCGGGUUAAACAGCAUAGCCUGCUCAUGAAAUCGUGUUCUACAUUUAGUUAAAGCGUCAUACAAAAGAAACGUUCUCAAGUUCCUUCAAUGCACUUUAUUUCUUUCCGGCAGUGCUUUUUUUUAAUAACUUUGGACGUUGUUUUUACCAUAUUUCGAGAUGUUAGGACCAAAUUUUGUCAAGAAGCCCUCAUGCUACACUGUAAUGUAGCUCAAUCCGUAAGGUAAUACAUGAAUUAUUAUAAAUACAUUUUAAUUCAUAAAAUUUAUAGUAAAAUUGUCGUAAACUAUUAACAAAAUGAAAAAUCCUUAUCACGCACCAAGUUACUAAUUUGUAUUCUCUCCACAACGUUUUGUGUUGGAAUGAACAUUUUGUGCAUUAAAAAUAUACUGGAAAAAUAUAU